GAAGACCCAGAACGGUUAUUAAGUCUCAUCUUUACCUUCCCAGCCUAUAUAUCGAUGGUUAAAAUAUUCCCCGAAAUUAUAAUUAUUAAUAAUACGUACAAUACCAACCGGUUCAACUAUCCCUUUUACCAAAUCUCGAACGUCUCCUCUAUUAGCUCAAUAUUUAACUACAUCUUUAGUAUUAUUAACGACGAAAAAGAAGUAGCCUUUAAUUUCCUAAUCGAAGCUACCUAUAAAAUAAGAUCACAAUAUAAUCUACCAGCCCCUUCUAUUAUUAUUACAAACAAAUACAAAGAGAUGAAAUAG